AUGGAAGAAUUACAGCAACUCUCACACGGACAACGCAGAUGGCUUUGUGAAUCGUCCACGGGAUUUUCUCAAGUUGUCCGUUGUAAUCGGGUUUAUGAUAGCAAUUGCUCUCAUUGCUCUGUACUACAGCAACUUUUUGAUAAUUUUGAUUAUCAUAGCCGUGUGGAUAUCGUAAAUAUCGUAAACAAAAGCGAAAAACCGGUCGAAGAUGAGACACAUUUAGAGGCGAUGCUACGUUACUUGGACAGGAUCUUCUCUUGGCUUUUCGAACCAUUUUUGUCCUGUUUCGCCGUUCAAGUUUCCAUCACUUUACUACAGCUUGCUUAUGUAUGGUCACAACAAGUUAUUUUGAUCUUGGAUGAUCUAUUUGCUGGUCACUUGUCAGUGGAACGGGUAGAAAGAACAAAUUAUAAGUUGGGUAACCUCGAAGUUGUAUGA